AUGCCAGCGCCGCAUCAGCUGCACAUAGGUGCGAUCGCGGCACCUAAGAUUUCCGGUGGAGCGGCUGAUGUCCACGGCGUGCACCUGCACACAAUGGAAUUGCACCCAUUGGUUUUGCCGCAUCACGCUUUGCUAACGGACAGACACAUGCCGGAACUGUUCGAUAAAAAGGACGGAAGCCUGCUGGAAAUGAACCUGUUGGCUGGUAUAUUCAUCUUACAGAAUCAGUCGUGAAGAUGGGACGUACUCGUUGUUGCCUGAAUAAUUCUUAUUUAAGUAGUUACGCAAACACUUCAUAAACAUAUAUAAUGUUAAUGAUUGUCGAACACGAUUUUUGAAAAUUAUCAAUUACAGGCUGCAUAGCAUGAUAUGCAACACGUCAAUUGACUCAAUAUAUCGAUCUCAUGUCCCUCUUUGAUUGUUUGAUCAAACUUGCAUCACAGAGCACGGAAACCGAUUGAAGCCAGUGCAUUUGCGUCAUGUGGCUCAUGUGAGACGCUGUGACAAGGCUAUCGGAACCAGCAUCACCCAUCUGCCGAACAUCCCGCACUUAGUCCACACAAAGCUCCAUCACUUCAAAGCGAAUGUUAUUGGUACUUCUUUUCGUACUACGCUUUUGUUAUAUGGUGUCAACUUGUUUUUGUACUUCUACUUUUUAUUAUUUCUUCUCAUGAAUGUAUGUUGUCAAGGUGACUGAAGAUAGCCGUUUGAUGUUUCGCUCUCUCUCUCAGUUGUGUCUCUCACUCUCGUCUCAUCCACUAUGAUAAAAAAAGAACCAAUCUUCAUCUUGAUUCUUCCCCUCCAGUACACAACCCAACUCAACACAGGUGGUCCCGCCCUCAUGUUUAACGGAGCUCAGAGCAGUACGUCAACUGCGUCUUCUCUUAUGGGAUCUUCCAGGAUGCCGAGUGCAAGACUAGGAUACAAGCCGACGCCGAGAUCCGACCGACUCAGUUUUGAUCCGUCGAUCUUGACUUUGCCCAAUUUUCCGGAUACGGAUGGGCCCUUGCUGAAUAUCGAUAUGGAGAAGAACCUGCCAAGAAGCUCGCUCUUUGAGAAAGGGGUACUUUUCUUCGAAGAUGAAUAUUAUUUUUGACGUUUUUCUUUGCUAGCUUGUUUGAGAAAGGAGUACGUCUACUUUCUGGGAGUGAUGAAACUUUUUCAUAAUCUUGAUGCGUGCAUCUACAUACAACUUGAUAUGUAGACGGCACUAGAUGCUAGUAUCAUCUCUGUGUUUUGAAUCGAUGUCUCAGACUAGUGCUCGCAGUCAAAUCAGAAUCGAGAUUUACAAAUCAAUCUCCUUCUCAACGACUCAUUCCCACAUGAAAUCUCUUCACAGAUCUCUCUCUCUUUCCAACACCUCACAGCACGUCUCUCACGGUCUUGACUUUGUUGGAUUGACGGGUAUCAGCCUGAGUGCUGAAAGGCGUCGUGAAUUCUCUCCGAUGGAGGCAGUACACCUUAGCCCAGUCCCGGACCAGAUCUUACAGCACACCAACGAUUGGAAUGGGGUACUUUCCUAUAGAUACUUUUUACUUGACGAAAAGAUAAGAGAAGCAGUUGCAAGCUUGUAAGUUAUUCUAGUUGAGAGUGUGUGAUUGAAUUUCGUCGGAUAAUGAGUAAGAUGUCUAUAGGUUAUGCAGUUGUUGCGUGCAAAUCCGCGGCCUCAAAGCUGGGUAUAUCAUCAUUAUCAUCUCUAUCCCUGUUGUGGUAUUAUUUUCCAAUGUCACAAAUCAAAAUCAGCUCGAUUCUCCGCGCGACGCAUUCGAAAGUGAGGCCACGGAACCGGUGUUGGUUUAA